CCACAGCGGUCGCCCGUGCAAAGCUGGUCGGGGGUGGGGGUGUCGAGCAAGGAUCCCGCAAUUGGCAGUUGUGCGGUGACGGCCGGGAAUGUGUCGCCUGAGGGAGAGCGACAGCCGCUGGGGUUGGAGCUGGAGGGUACAAGUGGAGGGCCCGACGACACGGAGAUGACAAAAUCCGCCGGGAUCCGAACUUCUUCAGGCGGGGGGGGUCGGCCAGGGAUUCUCGUGCCGCCGGGAGGGGCAACGUGCGUGGAGACAGAAGGGCGGUCGUCAGGGUUCGACACAGGUUCGGGCGAUGGGGCUGAAUUGCAUGGAAGGGAAGGAGGGGGGGAAAUGGAGGAAGGGAAGGAAAGGGAAGAAGGGGAGGAAGAAGAGGAAGAAGGGGAGGAAGGAGAGGAAGGGGGAAAAACAAAUUUGAUUGAAUUGCUUGAAGGAAAGGAGGGUGCCAAAGGGGACAUGGAUAUUGGAGACGACGAAACGGAGGAGACUGAGGACGAUGCCGGAUUUGGAAAGUCGUCUGACGAGUUCGGUUCGGAGAACAUCGUGAGGAUGAUGUCGACAACGAUGCGACGACAAUGGAGAUGGAGACACAGGUGGUCGGCAGCCUUUCGACAAAAUGUGAAGACUAUGAGGUUCAACCACUGACGUCUGUCGUCGAUCUCCAACACCGGUUCGACGAGGUUUCCGUUGCUGUGAGCCCAUCUAAAGC